AUGGCAUCCAUCACCAUCCUCGCCGCACUCCUCAUUCUCACUUGGUUCCUUGUUGCCACCCUCAUCCUCAUCCUCACCCUCGCCUUCUUCCACUUCAAAGAGACUUACAAAGUCGAAGUCAUCCUCCCCCGCCAACCAACAACCCCUAUCAUCGACCAAACCCCUGAGUGGCCAGCAGAAGUACAAGUAACGCCUCCAGUUCAACUCAUUCCUACCUCUUUUACUGACCUCUGUAGUGCCCUUCUGGGCCUCAUCCUUAUGACCCUCCUCUCAGUCCUCACCCUUGCCCUCAUUGUCCCUCUCCUCCUUCAUCUCACAAUCCAGCAUCUGGAACGUGAACACCAGUGGGCCUUCAACAUUGCCGCAACAGCUCAGCGGCCCCUCCUGCAUACCACGACCACUCUCCCCAUCAUUGCUGCCAAUCAUGACAGCAACAACCCGAUGCAGAAAUUCCUUGAUGAAGGAGAUUUCCAAUAUCCAUUCACACCCCCCCUGUCAAACAUCACCUGCCAUCCAUUCCUCAUCCCAGGAUCCCUGGACUCUUCUAAUAGCAAUGCAGUAGUCUUGAGCCAGUUCCCUGGACCCCUGGAAAUUCCCCACACCUCAGAUGCAUCCAUUGGAUCUUACCAUGUGGCUCCUGCACAGAUAUUCCCCUCCUCAUUGCCUAUUAACACCUCAUCCUCUCCAAACCCUGACAGUCCCACUGCUGCAUCUACCAAUUCUCCCACUAUGCCGCCUCUCGCCUUUGAUGUCUCUGACAAUGGUAGCCUCGACCAUGCUCCCAAUCUACAGCUACUAGUUAAUGUCACUGAGUACAUCACAGCAUUGGAAGGAUACAGCAGUGACCCCCAGGUGUUACAGCAUUGGAGGGGGGGUUCCUUUUCUUUUCCUAACUAUUUAUUGUUGAUCCUGUAA